CUCAACUUCACCCUUCACUACUUAUCGGUUGGCAAGCACCCAUAAUCGACUUGAAACCCGUGUGUUAUAACUCAUAAUGGCGACCGACGUGGCUUUCGAUACGAGCAUGGGCUCGUUCACGGUAGAGCUCUACAAUGCGCAUGCGCCAAAGACGUGUAAGAACUUCGCGACACUAGCGCAACGAGGCUACUACAACAAUGUCAUCUUCCACCGCAUCAUUCCCAACUUCAUGGUACAAACCGGCGACCCUACCGGCACUGGCAGAGGAGGAAGCUCGAUCUACGGAGAGAAAUUUGAGGAUGAGAUCAAUCCGGGUCUCAAACAUACCGGUGCUGGGAUCUUGAGCAUGGCGAACAGCGGGCCCAACACCAACGGCAGCCAGUUCUUCAUUACACUUGCUCCGACUCCGUGGCUGGACGGAAAGCACACCAUUUUCGGUCGUGUCAAGAGCGGCAUGCGAGUGAUACAGCGCAUGGGACUGGUGAAGACCAACUCCGAAGACCGGCCAAUGGACGAGGUCAAGAUGCUCCGUGCCAGAAUCGUGGAGGAGGGAGACGAGUGAGGGACUUCAGACCAGACGGUCAUGGGCAAAUCAACGCAAGAACUACAUUUUGGCAUCCCGGCAACACCAGUCCUCCCCAGACUGAUCGAGGUAGAGGCAUGGAGGCAGGCAAGCAGACGUUGGUGUUGGGAAGCCUGACGCACUGCACUCUUCGAAAGCAUUGCAGAGCACGAGCAGACAUGCGUUCCUUACAUAGCAGCGACGCCAGAUCCGGGAAAAGCUACGACAGCCAUAGGCUGAUGUCUGCAACGUAAGAGCACGACUCUAUGUAGACGAGCAGACUACAAAUUAGAUAUGCGGAAUGUAUCACUGCAAAACGAACCGCUUCCAUCAGAUGUAACC